ACACUGAAGGGCUUUCUCUCUCACAGCUGUGUCACUGCUCACUGUGACUUACUGUAAACCAGCCAAACAAGCUGACAUGGCACUUAUGAAUCCCCAAGAAAAGACAUGGGCAGAGAAGCCGCAGGAUGUUGCCAAUAACAUCUAGAGGCCAGUUAAAAAUAGUUUUUUUCUGAGGGAACGGAGCAGCAGCUACCCAGUCACAUGGCACCGGCAGGGGACAGUGUGAGUGCCUGGAGCUGUAAGCAGGUGGCCCAGUGGCUGCAGGAAGAAGGCUUCGGGGAGUAUGUGGAGCUAUUGUGCGCCCAGCACCGCCUGGAUGGCCCCAGCCUGCUGGCUCUGACUGAGGCUGACCUGCGCGGGUCUCCACUGGGCCUCACCGUGUUGGGAGACAUCAAGAGGCUGACCAUAGCCAUUCGCCGGCUCCAGAAACAGAACCAGGCCCAGCUGGAGGUGCAGGGUCUCCUGCCUACAGACAGUCUCCCUGCUGGGCUCUCGGUGGGCGCUGCAGGGGGCGAGUGGAGCUGUGAUGAGGCUGACAGGAGUUAUAACGGAGGGGAUGGCUUGCGUAAUGGGACUGAGCUGAGGUUGAGGAAUGGUCACAGAUCUGGAUACGGUUCAGGAGCUGCAGUGUGUCAUACACACUCCAAUGGGAGGUAUAGGCAGCACCUGGCCGGUAGAUUGGACCCAGAGGUGUGGAAGACGAUCAUCAGUUCCAUAUAUGUCUUUUUUGUGUUUGGAUUCACAUCUUUUGUCAUGGUCAUCGUACAUGAGCGUGUCCCGGACAUGAGGACGUACCCACCACUGCCUGACAUAUUUCUGGACAGUGUUCCUAGAAUCCCCUGGGCUUUUGCAAUGGCUGAGGCCUGUGGCCUCAUCCUGUGUUACAUGUUUCUGUUGAUCCUGCUCCUCCACAAACACAGGUCCAUUCUCUUCAGACGACUGUGUUCUUUGAUGGGAACUGUGUUUUUGCUUCGUUGUUGCACCAUGUUUGUCACCUCGCUCUCUGUGCCUGGGCAGCACCUGAAGUGUGCUAGUAAGACAUACGGGGAUUCCUGGGGAAAGCUACAGAGGGCGCUACUGAUCUGGAGUGGAUUUGGGAUGACUCUGACAGGCGUCCAAACGUGUGGAGACUACAUGUUCAGUGGACACACUGUUGUUAUCACAUUGCUCAACUUCUUUGUGACUGAAUACACUCCACGAACCUGGAAUCUGAUUCACACCAUCUCCUGGGUGUUGAACCUGUUUGGGAUUUUCUUCAUCCUGGCGGCUCACGAGCACUACUCCAUCGACGUGUUCAUCGCCUUCUACAUCACCACCCGCCUCUUCCUCUACUACCACACUUUAGCCAACACCCGAGCCUACCAGCAGAGCAGGAGGGCGCGCAUUUGGUUCCCCAUGUUCUCUUUCUUUGAGUGCAAUGUCAACGGACCUGUCCCCAACCAGUAUCACUGGCCCUUCAACAAACCAGCCUUCAUGAAAACUCUGAUUGGAUAGAUUAGCCUUUUAAAGAUCAGAAGCUGCAAUUCGCAUGGACUCUAAUCUUAAAACCUGAAUGAGAAACUUUUUACUUGAUAUGCUGCUUUUUAUCUUUGGAUGGUUAUAAGUGUAUUAUGCGGGAGUCCCCCCCCCCCAUUUGUAUAAAUAGAUGUUUUUUAUUUUGUCAAAUAAUCUUAUGUUUAAAGGAAUAGUUUGACAUUUUGGGAUAUAUGCUUAUUUGCGUUCUUGCCAAAAGUUUGAUGUGAAGAUCAAUACCACUCUCAGAGAGUGGUAUUGAUCUUCUCAUCUCAGAGUUAGAUGAGAAAGCGAAUACAUUUAUUUCCCAAAAUAUGAAACUAUUAUUUUUUAAAGUUAACUGCACAGUAUUGCCAAGUAAAACAAAGAAAUGUAGUGUAUUAUGAGGCCUAUGUUCCACUUUGGAGAUGUUUAAGGUUCACGUGUGAUUUGGGUUGUUAGUUUCACUCAACAUCUACAGUGAAAAACUGAUCGUGGUUCACACCGCUGUAGUGCAGGUUGGUACUGUAGUUGUGGGUUUUUGGAAGUUGUUGUGGUGACAGUUUACAUUUUGUUUUGCUGCAAAGAGAUUUGACACGUUUGGUGACUACUGCCAAAGGAGCAAUUGUUUCUUUUGAUGUGCACCGAGAAAAAACAAUUCCUGUUCUCCUCAAAAAGAGCUCUGUUUCAGUCACUGUUUUGUUUUUUCGUUUACACUUCAUAAAUUGAACUCUACAUAGUGUCCUAUGGAUAGUGUAGCUUUUUUUUUUACAUUUACACUUAAACUCAACCAAAUAUCUGAACAUGUAUUGUAUUGUUCAGUUUUGCCAAUCAGUCCUUAGUAUAAUUAUCUCUUUAUCCUAAUUUGAUGCUCUGUUGUUGUUUUUUUACAGAUUGUUAAUUAUGUAAUGAGUAUAGAAAUGUAUGAAGAUGGAUUUUGUUGAAGUUUUAUUGUUCAGAGUUUUCCUCUGUUGCACAGUACAAAGACUUGCUGUUUGGAUUACAAAGUUUCAAAAGUAUAUUGUUUACUAUGCCAUGGUUGAUCCAAACUAUAUCUUUUUAAUAAUUGUUUACAAUGUGCGGCUUUAUUUGCAAUGCAAGUAAUUUAUCUUUAAUAAUGAUCUUAGUAAUGAACUAAUAAUCUUAAUCUUUCUCUGCCUUUUGGCUCAGAAAUAAAAGUUUACAGAUAAGGUUAACAGUUUUUACAAACUUCCUUGGCUGCUUUUUAACUAAUGGGUUUGCUUUUUGCAUUUUUUCAAUAAAAUCAAUUAUACAUAUUAUUAGAAA